ACAGUCAGGAACGAAAGCGUUGUCGCACGAUUGAUCUGGUCUUGCCUCACGGAAUGCAUCGCUAUGAAUUCCCGCGGAAAAUUUCAAGACGUUCUUUCUUUGUCCAAGAAGGAGGCUUGUGAGAAAUGCUACGUUGCCAAGGUGCUUCCGCCUAAACUUACCUUGCCGGCCGCGGGCUCGUGGAUCUGUGGAUGGGGGAAGUCGGAAUGGAACCCGGGUUCGUCCCACUUCCGCGUUGGAAGUUACGUCGACCGAAAGCGCAGGAGUCACUGCCCCAGCUAG